AUGAUUGCAGCGAUUUCAUCCCUGAAAGAAGGACCGACCCGUACAUGGCUGGUUACAGCCGCGGUGGCCGCAAUUGCGCUUGCCAUUGCCGUUGGCGGCGCCUUGGCCGUCGGCAGCGGCGGAGGGAUUGACCCGAUCAAUCUCUUCGUAGAGGGCAAACUAUCCGGGAACUCGCAGGAGUUCUUGGGCGGGCUCAUAGGCGGCACCGCCCUGUUCGCGUUCGCCGCAGGAAUGGCGUCAGCAGUAAACCCCUGCGGAUUCGCCAUGCUACCCGCAUAUUUGGGCCUGUACCUCGGCUCGAAUUUGAGCGAGGACGAGCGCCCCGGUCUGGCCGCCUCGAUACUGCGGGGACUGGUGAUCGGCGGGUCCGUUUCAGCUGGCUUCAUCCUGCUGUUCGGCGUCGUGGGCGGCGCGGUGGGACUGUCGGCGUCAUUCAUCAGCGACCUGCUGCCCUGGCUGGGACUGAUCAUCGGCGCGGCGCUGGUGGGCACGGGGGCGUGGAUGGUGGCCGGUGGCAAGCUGUACACGGGCAUCGCCGCCCGGGCGGCAGACCGGCUGGGCAACCCCAACACCGUCAGCGUAAAAAGCUUCUUCACCUUCGGCCUCUCAUACGGCACCGCGUCCCUGAGCUGCACCCUGCCUAUCUUCAUUGCCGUGGUGGGCAUCGGCAGCGCAUCGAGUUCGCUGUUGCAGGUGGUGGGGAACUUCUUCCUGUAUGCCAUCGGAAUGGGCUUGGUGAUAAUGGUGAUGACGCUGGGGAUGGCAAUUUUCAAGGGCGCCAUGGUGCGCAUGAUGCGCCGUGCCCUGCCAUACAUUCAGCCCAUCGCAUCGGCGUUUAUGGUUAUCGCGGGCGCAUACAUCGUCUUCUACUGGCUGACCGUUGGCCGCGGCAACCUUCUUUAG